AUGAGGUGGUGGGGGGGAAGGUUGAAGGUCUUUGAUCUGCUUUGUCCCUGUGGGGUCUUCUGGGAUCGGGUGCGGCUUGCACGGCAGCGAUUGCAUCCAGCGCAGCAGCAGCAGCAGCUGCUGCUGCUGCUCGUGCUGGUGCUUCUGUUGCUGGGCUUGCCUAGAGACCCUGUAUCAGCAACUGAGGGGGGCCCAUUGGUUUCUUCUACCCUUUCUCUUAAGCGUUGGGGUCGCUCAGCUGGGGCCUCAGACGAAGACCUUCUGGAGCAGCAAGGGGGCCCCCUAUCAAGAACUGGGGCAGAAGAUCUGAUGCCUGACUCCCCUAGCAUAUCCACUGCAGUAGUGGUAGAUGUAAAUACUGUGGGGGGCCCCACAGUUUCUGGGGGCCCCCCAUUGGGGCCCCCUGCGGCUCCCUGGGGUUUCAUUACGCGGAGAGAUAUAUCUGUUGCAGUAAUGACAUUAGUAGCCAUUGGGCUGGUUGCUAUUCUAUUUAAUAGAACAAAGGGAGGUGUAUCCCUGAAGAGAGUCAGGAAUGUUAUGCAUGCAGAGACUGUUGCUGCAGAGACAGAGACAGUCUCCAGCAGCAGCAAAAGAAGAUUUGGGGUUGUGGGGCUGUCAGUGGAGCCCGAAGAUACAAAUGCUAGCCGAAGCCAAAGAGACACCAUUACGCAUAGGCUCUCAUUCGCAGAAGAGGCACCGUCUCCUUCUUUGUCUGCUGCUGCUGGUGCUGCUAGCGGGGGUUUGGCUGAUAUCUCAACGCCUGCACAGGAACUGCGGAGUCAGCUGCAGCGUACAGCAGCGCUGCUGCCUCCAUCAGAGAGGCUAGCAGCAGUAUUAGACAACAUUGAUGCCUCUAUGCUGUUUAGGGAGGCCCAAGAGUUGGUAGAAAGCGUUAAGUUGGAGACGGAAGCACUCUGGCUGAACGGGGGGUCUCCUGGGGAGGAGACACUUGCUUCUAAAAGGGUCUUACUAGACAGAGAGCAGCAGCAGCAAAUGGGUAUCCUAGAGGUUCGGUCACUACAAGCAGGGCUUAGGGCUGCAUGCAGCGCGCUGCAGCAGUUGCUGCGGACAGCAGAGGAGCGUGCAUGGGUUUCGCUGCAGCAAACCCUCCCGCUGCAUCGGCCUUUCCCGCUGUCAUCUGCUGUCUUUAAUAAAGUGUGGGGGAGCGCCAGCAAGAGUUUGCUAGUAGGUGCAGACAUUCAUCUUCAAUCUCUUGCAGCAACAGCAAAGACAGAGAGUCAGCGAGCACACCGAGCGUACAGGGCCCUCGUUAGGUUGCAGGUGCAUGCAAGGAGCGAAAGCAGCAGCAACUGCAGUAGCAGCGGCUGCUGCAGCGGCAGCAGCAGCAGCUGCUGCAACGGCAGCAGCAGCAUCGCCGUGCAGACUGUUGUAGGGACCUGCAGGUACCUAGAGGCAGUCUACUCUGCAUGCGCAAGGGGGCAGAGGGCAACACAAUUAGCAGAGCGUCUGCAGGAGAAUCUCCUCUCAGGGUUAAAAGCUGCUUCACUUAAAUAUGCAGCAAACAGCCAACGCUUAAUGGAGGGCCUUCAAAGAACACAUGCUAAUGUGGUAGAGCUGCUGGAGAGGAUUGAAGAAGCAGAAGAAUCCCCAGAAGAAAAUCAACCAAGUGCUGCUGAGGUGCAGCAGCAACAAGAGACGGAGCAGAAGCAAGAUAUACAGCAGCAGCAAGAGAUACAGCAGCAGCAAGAGAUGCAGCAGCAGCAAGAGAUGCAGCAGCAGCAAGAGGUGCAGCAGCAGGAGCAGGAGCAGCAGGGGGUGCAGCAGCAACAGGAGAUGCAGAAGCAGCAUAAGGUGCAGCAGAAGAGGACCAAGGAGCAGCAGCAGAAGAUACAGGAGCUGCUGCAACAUGAUUUGGGCUCUAAGCUUCAGGAAUUAUUAGAAGAGCAUGCCUCAGCAAGGCGUGCUUUGGAGGAGAGCGACUCAACUGAGGGUAUUGCUGCAGCAUUUGAUCGCUUACACCUGGUGAAUGAGAGGGUAAAGACAUCUGCAUUAGAUUUUCAUUUACUUUUUCAAGAGACCUCUGGUUUGUCUCCUUUGCUGCACCAGUCUCUGGCAUCCAUGCGGAAGUCGCACCUAAAGAAUAUCCGCGCUGCUGCGCUGCAGGCUCUUGAGAGUGCAGCAGCAGCAGAAUCUGUCUUUAAUAAGCUGCGCUGGAGAUUGAAGAAAAGUAUACAAGUCCCCUAUAUAGAAUCAGAGAACCCAGUAGGUGCUGCGCUGCAGGAGCAGCUGCUAGAGAGACUGCAUGUAGAGAGGCGGCGUGCUGCAGAUGGAGCAGCAGCAGCAGACAGCUUCCUAGAAGCAGCAGCGCAUGCAUCCGACACAACGGCAUUGCUGGAGGCGGAGGAUGCAGCAAAUGCUGCAGCAGUGAAGGCGUCUCGUGCUGCAGCACACAUGGCUCUGGUGUCUUUAGAAUAUUCUUUGUUAUGCUCGUUGAAUGUCUAUUUAAAAGAGAGCGUAGAGCUCUGGGCCCUAAGUGUCUCUAAGGUAAACCCCAGCCCUCUUGACUCUCGCGUUCGCUUCGACGAGCUUAAGAGACAGUUUGGAGACUGGCAGUUUGCGGCGCAGGAAGCACGGGAUCUACCUGCUGCAGCAGCAGCAGCAGCAGAAGCACGCUCCCUUGUGUAUCGUCUUCAGUGCCUCGAAGACACUCAAGACAUGAGCAGCAGCCCUUGA